AUGAAGCUCUUCUUCAAAGUCCUACCACUAGAGGAUUGGCUUGCUGCCUACGCCAAGGCAAGAAGGAAGUCGACAGCUGGUUCUAAUCCCUGGAAGUGCAAGACGAUUAAGGAGUUCAGAAAGUACAUUGCAGAGCUGGCAAUGAAGAACAAGGCAUUUGGCCACUCAAACGACAUUUCCCACUGUCAACUGUUCCUUGGAGGCAAUGAAAACAUAGUCCAUUACAUGCUUGUCCAGUAUCCCAUCCAGUAUCCCAGCGGCCUCUCCCUCAUGAGACGGCGAGAUGACGCCAUACAAAAGAUGAUGCACGAGAGCCAUCAUCCACCUUGA